AUGUUGGGUUGGAACACGGUGGUGGCGCUGUUAUCUCUGAUCACAAUGACGUUGGCCGAGAACGAAAGGCUACAGGAGGCGAUGAGGAAACGUCUCUUUUUACUGCCCAAAACCGUCUUUGGCCGCGAAGAGCGACGGGCCGAUGACACGAUGCUUGAUACGGUAAGGUUUUUAAAAAUCAUAUAUUUAAAAAAUUUUUGUUUUAUUUUAAAUAAUUUUUAAGUCUUAGCUUUAGCGUCAGCCUUAGCCUUAGCGUCAGCCUGGGCCUAGAUACAUAACGUAAGAGGGCAAUUUACGUAUAGUCGGAUUAUCUUUUUUAAUUUUUUUUUAUUACAGUACAAUUAUCUUAACAUUGCCUUUUUAUAGACAUUUCGCGUGGGUUAAACAAACAAAAGCUUUAGGGCAAUUGGAAUUUAGAUUUAAUUUAAAAUUGUUUAGUAUUGACUACGUAGCUCAAAAUAAAACAACAAAAAAAAUUUAUUUUACAUCCGCUUUACUAUUAAUAAAUGCCUUUUCAGGACCUGCCCGCCGCUCCCUCACUGCCAACACAACGUUUCAAGCCACGGUCUGUUCCACUGUUCCAGCGUGGCGAAUCAACGCCGAACGCUGCGUGGCGUGCACCAGCCAACUCGAAAUCUCAACGUUCACGUCAGUGCUACUUCACGCCUGUACAAUGCGUAUUGUACGUGCCCAGUAAUCAGUACGAGCAGUUGGUAAAGGCAGUACCUUUCAAUGAUAAUGCUGAGACGAAUCCCACGCCUGAAGUCAGUGAGGAGUCGAGAAAGAAGCCCACGACACGUGACAUGCUACAGAAGUGGCGACGGACCGAAGUGACGCCGUUGUUGCGCGGCUACUGGCGGCGUAGCGCCGUCUAA